CUCUGUUGAAAAUUUAAACUAAAUAUUAGAUUAAAGUAGUGAAUUAAUUUGUAUUGGAGAUUAAUUAAUUCACUUCUUCUUAGCAUUUUAAAACUCAAACUUGAUAAUAACAAAAAUACAAACAUGUUAAUAACAAGCAGAAUAUUUGUUCUGAAAAAGAAAAGGCAAGAAAUAAGUAAUUGCAUGCAUUGAUUUUAAGCACAAGAUGAUAGCUGCAAGGGCUUGAUAAUGUUUGAUUAAUGUGUUCAGUGUUCAUCCAUCCAUUCAUCAUCUUCAAUUCAACAUGAGAAUGUUACCUUUUUGUUCAUCCACUCCGUGUUAUUCCCCAUCUUCUCAGAUUCCCUUAUUUGGGGGACUGCAAUCUCUAUGUCCAAUUCGAAAGGAUUUUGAAAGUAGAGGUGUGGUAGAAGAAAAUGUACAUUUAGGUUUGUAUCAUGGAACACCCUCACUCAGAAGUUCAUUUACAGCACAAGCUAUAAAGACUGUCUCAGCUUGGGAUAAUUCAUCACUCAGUACUGGAGAAUUCAGAUAUAGUUUAUCUACUGUUCCCGAGGAAUUAGUAGACUUUGCAAAACAAUCAACUGAAGUGUCUGAGCCAUUAGUAGCACCUACUGUACAUCCAGAAGCAAUAUUAUCGAGUACUGAUAUAACGUCGGGGAAGAUUGAAUCUGUGCCGAGUUUGAUUAAAGGGGGUAAUGAAUCGUUAGCCGCAACUAAAGCAAGUGCCACUGAAGUUUUUGCUGGAAUCAAUGAAACAUUCAGUGACUCAAUUAAUAAGGGAGAAAAUGCUCUUCGAAGCUCAGUGGAUACUGCCACUUCUUUUAUUGAUUCCGUUGUUAAAAAUGCUACUACAUCUGCAGAUAAUGCUUUUAGUAAGGUGUUUUCUGCUGCUGAUCAAACGGGGGACUUAGCGAAUAAGAAAAUUACUAGCUUUUCAAGUGAGAUAGAUGGAGUCACCAGUAAAGCGCCUGGUUUGGUUAUUGAUGUGUUGCGACGUACAGUGGUUGCUGUAGAGAGUUCUCUAUCAAGUGGGGCUUCUUAUGUUGUUUACCUAUAUGGGUCGGCGAAGGAGUUUAUUCCUGCAGAGAUCAGGGAUACAGUCAAUAUAUAUGAAGAUAAAGCAGCACAAGUCUUGAGGCCUGUUGGGUCUGCAACUCAACAGAUAUACAUGGCUUUCUAUUCACUGGAGAAGAGUCUUGGCUUGGAUCCAAAUGACCCAAUUAUUCCAUUUGUUGUUUUUGUGGGCUCUUCAGCAACAUUAUGGACUAUUUAUUGGUUGUGGAAAUAUGGAGGUUACUCAGGAGAUUUAUCCCCUAAAUCAGCUUUCGAGCUCUUGGCCGGGGACUCAAAUGCUGUACUUAUAGAUGUCCGCUCCGAGGACUUGCGAGAAAAAGAUGGUAUUCCUGAUAUUCGACGGGCUGCUCGGUUUCGCUAUGCAAGUGUAACUCCAAUUGAGGUUGAUGGCUCCAUACGCAAGUUGUUGAAGGGGGGUAGAGACCUAGAUGACUCCUUGAUUGCUGCUAUUAUUCAAAAUUUGAAAAUUGUUAAGGACAGUUCCAAGGUUAUUGUGUUGGAUGCUGAUGGUACUCGUUCUAAAGGCAUUGCAAGAUCCUUGAAGAAAAUUGGGGUUAAGAAUCCGUACUUGGUCCAAGGUGGCUUUCAGUCUUGGGUAAAACAAAGUCUCCGCAUCAAGGAACUCAAACCUGAGACAGCACUUACCAUACUCAACGAGGAAGCUGAAGCAAUUCUAGAGGAUAUUAGACCUUCUCCUUGGCAACUUUUAGGUUCUGGUACGGCACUACUUGCGGGGUCAUAUGCAUUAGUAGAGUGGGAGAAAACAUUGCAGUUAAUUGGUGUAUUUGGCCUCAGUCUGACCAUAUAUCUGCGGGUUUCUUCGUAUGAAAAGUCAGAAGAUUUGAACCAAGAUGUGAGGUUUUUAUUGCUUGCUCCUGUUAAAAUUGGAGGUCAGGCAUUUUCAUGGGCUGCUGGAAAAUUGGAAUCAAAUGGCAUAGGGUUACCUACAUCACCUUCAUCAUUGGAUGUUCAGAACCGGGUACUACAGGCUGCCGCGAAACAUGAAUCCCAACCCUCUGAUAGUGAAGGGAGCCAAGACCCUACUCCCGAAUCCACAGUUUCUCUCAAUUAAAAUGUAUGAGAUUAUUGUUCCAGAUUGUCAUGUGCUAACAUGGGAAGAACAGAGAUUUGUAUGGUCACAACAAGUUAACUCACAUGACUUGAAGUUGAAGUAUGCAAGUUGACAUUAUCCAACCUUUUCUAAACACUGUGCAGCCAACACAAAGAUGAUUAUUAUUUUUAGUGCCACAAGUUGCAAGAUUGCCACAACCAUCAAAAUAGUAAGAGUGAAAUAUAAUUGUUUAAUAAACUAUUAUUUGCAUGAUAAAAAUUGUACUGACAAUUUCUGGUGUUACAACAAAUAGUUUUAUAAACUAUAUCCUUCGAUAAAUUCGUUUGAUGUUUAGGUCUUCUACAAACUUCUUUUGCUCAGAGCCUUCACCCCCAAUCAUCAAUGUAAAAAUAAAUAAAUACAAACUUCUUUUGUCCACA